AGUGCAUCAAUGUAACCGAAUUGGCAAACUGAAAAUCCCAUAAACCACUCACUCAACUUAUACUACUACAUUUUUCUUUACGAUGUUUGCACAUCGGCGCUCUAUCCACAAGCCAGGCACCUUCAUUUGCUUGUGAUGGAAGGGACAGAUCAAAUAUCCAAGCUGCCAGAGCCAAUUUUGGAUCACAUUCUGUCUUUCCUUUAUAUUAAAGAGGCUGCUAAAACUAGUACAUUGUCCAAGGUUUGGAAUAGUGCUUGGACUUCCCUCUCCUGCAUAGAUUUUGGUGAUAAUUAUUUACAUAAGUCAAAAAACAUUGUGGAUCAAAUUCUUGCAAAUCGGCUAAACCAAAAGAUCUUUAUAAAAAGGCUCAAGGUAAAUUUACCAAAUUAUCGGUCCAAGGCUGUGGACGAUUGGAUUAAAGUACUGGUAACCUGUAAUAUCAAAGAGUUGUUUUUAGAUGUUGGCGUAUACACUUACAACAAGUUUCCUGAAGCAAUCUUUGCUGCCAAAUCUCUAAAUGUGCUUAGUUUACGCGGAUUUAAGCUCGAACUACCCUCUAAUGGCGUAAAGUUUUAUUCUCUGCGAGAGUUACACCUUGAUGACUCAUUUUUGGACGAACAAUUACUUCAAGCUCUAUGCGCGAUUUGUAGGGAUUUAGAAGUUUUGUCUUUCAAAAGAUUUCAUGGACUAAUCAGUUUACAAGUUGCAGGAACUUUAUCUAAACUGAGUAAGGUAAAGUUGCAAUUUUGUCCUCCUAAAUUCAAGAACGUUGAUAUUGUAGCACCUAAUGUUAAAGAUCUUUACAUUAGCUCAUUUGGUCUGGACCUACAUGUAAUUGAGAUAACUGCUUGCAAAUCCAUAAAGCGUUUGAAGCUCACCGCUGUGGCUGUCAGUGACCAAUGGUUAGAGAAACUUCUCCCAAAUCUACCGAGCCUUGAAGUCCUUUACUUAGAUCAUUGUUUGUCCCUGAAGAUUGUGAAGAUUUCAAGCUACCGGCUUAAGCUUCUGAAAGUAUAUGCAUGCUAUAAUUUAGUCGCGGUUGAUUUGGAUGAUGCUCCUAGCUUAUUGAGAUUCUCCUUUGAUGUUCAUCAUGGGAAAAAGAGACUCUUGGGCUAUUUUGAUACCUUGCCUAUAUUCAAACUGAAAGCUUCGCAAUUGCUGGAAGCUAAGAUCAAAUUGAUCCCAGAUCCAGAAGCCCUUGACACUCAUUGGUACUCUAAGCUCACAGAGUCUCUUGGUAACUUUAAUAAUUCCAGGGCUAUUACACUACGCUGUGACUAUGACGAGAUGAUAGUUAUACCAAAAGACAUGAGAGAAAACUUCCUUCCUCCACUUUAUGGUACUAAGUGUGUGCACAUAAAAAUUAUGGACCGGAUGAAUUAUUCAGUUGAGGACGUAGUUGAUAGUUUGCUUUGGAUUUCUCCUCAAUUGGACACCCUAUCUUUUGACCAGGGUCGAAGCUUAAAUAGCCUGAUCAAGUUUACCUACAGAGAUGUAGCUAACGAAGACGUGAAACCUUGUUGUGCAUCUCUACCUUGGAAAUGUUGGAGGCAUGAGUUAAAGAAAGUUACAUUGCAAAACUUUACACGUACGGAGCUAGAGAAGCUGAGAAACUAUUUUCUCGCGAAUACAGAUACUUUGGACAUAAUUGAAGAUCCACGAGAAUGCAGCUCUGCUCUUCACUUCAAUAAAUGACCUUUUGAAUAAGUUCCAUGGUUUCUUCCAUGGCGUCUAGCUAAUUUAAUGUUUUGAAUAAAUUUAUUGAUGACUUGUUUCGAUGAUGUACUAGGAGCUGCGAUCUCUUGUGGGACAUUAGUUUGCAAUGACUGUUUUUCUUUUUCUGGUUUUGAAGUUUCAAACCUUAAAGCAAAUUAUCCUAGAA